AUCGUGUGUAUACGCGAAGCCGCAAGUUUGGUAAUUUACUAAAGCGUGCACUCGAAUCAAAUCCUCGCACGAAUCAUUUUCCACCUGUGUCCAAAAGUGCGAAUUACUCAUCGACCAUUACUUUUCGUUUCCCCGAAAGCUAAAUAAAUCGCACAGUGAUACUUCAUCGAUUGGUGGGCAUAAACAUGUUAGCCUUGGUAAUCGCACAGCGCACCGCGAUUUCGGCGGACGGGUUCGACACCAUUUCGAGUUGCAGUGACACCAUGGCUAAAGUUUCGACCACAGUUGUUACGUAACUUGUUACGCACCGUGCACACAACUUACGUAUUUCUGGACAUAUGUACAUGUAUUCAUAUAUACAGCACGGUGUAGGUGAGACUUCCACAAGUGUGGGAGCGGAUCUGGCGUGCACGUGACCGAGUGCAUGCAUAUAAUUGUAUGUAUGUAGUCGGUGCGCCAACAGGGCAGUCGCAACGUGCGCGGAACCCAGUGCAAAAAUUUUGCAUAGAUAAAUGAUACAAUAUUGUUCUCGUUCUUUCUUAAAAUUAAAAAAUUUUCUAAUUACACUUGUUCUUAAAAAUGCUUACAUUGUAUUUGCAAGUACGUGUUUCAAUCUCUUCAAUUUCGAAACUUUAAUAAACGUCAUAAUGCUAAUUUUGUUGCGAUAAAUUCGUGCCGGCCCUGUGCGUAGCUAUUGGCACAUACUUGUGCAAGAAUGGCUUCCCUCAGUUAAGGGGAAGUGCGGUCUCGUGCAAGUUUGGCUUCCUCGUAAAAAAGAAUCUCAGCACUUCGUUCCCUGUCACAAUAGUUAAUCUAAACUGGCCAUCCGUAAACAUUCACAUUACUUGUCUCGACAUUUGAAAUAAUCUGAAAAUACUGAUUCAAAUCAUUUUUAAAUUUCCGUAUCUAUUAUUUUUGGAUCUGAAUCAUGAAAAUGGAUGGCAGUCGUAGGUUAGCUUCGUUCGCGCGAAGCGGUGCACGAGUAAAAUCGUCGCGAGUGGUGGAUCUCCUUCUCCUACACUUCCCCUUAACCAGAAGAGCCUAUCUUUGAACGCGGUUGUACUGGUUAGUCGGCUAGUAAACUACUUGACUGUUCAAUUAUUUGAACGUCAUGCGCGCGGACGCGCGAGUCUGUUCAAAAGCUUGGCGAUCGGUUGUUGGCUACCGACAUUCAACGGGCAAGGAUUGUCAACGUUCCUGACAAUCACCGGCAGUCACGCUGUUCUACCUGUGUCGGCAGUCCGUUGAACGUAUCGAUAGAGUGUAACGAUGCUGAAUCUGUUCGAACCACUCCUCGACAUUCCGACGGUCUACUACGGGGCGCUGCUGGGCGCCGGAUUUUGCAUCUAUUAUCUUUUUGAAGUUGUGAAAACGCCGAUGCUAGUGUGUUCCCAUGGACCAUUCCGAUCGUUCCUCGAGCAACAUGUGCCACUUGUAAGAAAUAAAUUCUGGCCUACCCUAUGGUGUUUCGAAUCGAGGGCACAGACCAUUAUAGCCAGCCUUCUCAGAUCGCGAAUCUUACCACUUAUUCAUUAUCGCAGGGAGAUCCUGACCUUGUCGGAUGGGGGUGAAGUGGCUCUGGAUUGGGCGGAAGAGGGAUGUUCCGUUGCUUCGCCUAUCGUGAUUAUUUUGCCAGGGCUGACUGGUGCAAGUCAAGCAGAAUACAUCAAGUGCCUUGUUUCGUCCGCGAAAAAAGUUGGGAUACGAUGCGUGAUUUUUAACAACAGAGGACUAGGAGGAGUAGAGCUGAAGACUCCACGGACGUACAAUGCUGCGAACAUCGACGAUUUAUCAGAGGUUAUCGAGCAUGUGAAAAAACUUUACCCGCAUGUACCCCUUGGAGCGACGGGCAUCUCGAUGGGAGGAUUAAUAUUAGGUAAUUAUUUAGCGCAACGAGGAACAAUGGCGAGGAACAAAUUAAAAGGAUGCUUCCUUAUCUCCGUGCCGUGGAACGUGUUCGCAGCGACAAAAAACACUGAAGAGAAUUAUUUCAAUUUGAUGAUGAACAAGUAUUUGGCCGGCACGCUACGCAAGAAUAUUCAACGUUUGCAUAACUCAUCAGAAACUGGAAUGUUCGACGUGGAUAUCGAUACUAUUCUGAAAAGUCAAACGGUACGAGAAUUUGAUUCGCAUUUCACGGUGAAACAAUUUGGCUACAAAGACGUGGAGGAGUACUAUUCAAACGCAACUAUACACGACAAAUUGCAUUUGAUUGAUGUGCCAUUAUUGUGCCUUAGUGCUGCGGACGAUCCAUUCCAACCUGUUCAUGCGAUUCCUCUGAAAGAAAUAGCGGAAACGAAGAAUGUAGCGGUCGUGGUGACUUCGCGUGGUGGUCACAUAGGUUUUCUAGAAGGAGUAUGGCCGGUAAAGGAGGAGCAAUACAUGGGAAAAUUAUUCUCACAAUUUUUUGCCGCACUCUUCACCGCUGAUGUAGAUCGUCACAUAUUAUGACGAACUUAUGCACUAUGCUGCGAGUGCAUUCACGAAUAUUCUUACCAAAUAUUCGGUUUAUAUUUGGCCAUUACAUGAAAACUAAAAGAAUCACGUGCCAUGAUUAAUCGUAUUCAGGGUAUCGUACAUGUGAUGUAAUAGUGAUAAGGGAUACAGGAUUUUCAUAGCUUUUAUAAAUCUGUUAACGACCUGAGAAGUAUUAGCUUCAAAUAAUAUAGGUAUAUAAUUUUUUUACACGCAUACACGUAAACGUGUUUUAGAUACCAAAAACGCACAUUUGUUUACGCAUGUAAUAAUGUUAUAUUUAUUUUUUAACAUAACAUGUGUUUAUUACAAACCUUUGGAAUUAAUAUAUAAAUUGGAACAGAAAUAAAGAAUAUUUUAAUUUUAUAUGUUUA